UAAAAAAAUGCUUCAUGUCUCAGAGAGCUGUUUAACACAGCUCAGGCAGCAAUUGGUACAGGGACAGCAAACCAGGCUGCAUCUGCUCAGCCCCAGUCACAAGCGCCCUGCUUCCUCCGUGUAUGUGUGUGUGUGUGUGUGUGUGUGUGUGAGUGAGUGUGCGCUAGACACAGGCAUCCGCUACCAGCAUCUCGCUGUCUCCUGCAUCCUCCGGCAGCAAGCACAGGGCUCUGGCUUUCUGGGUACCAGCCUCGCUGCUCCAUCCCCCGGCGGGGAUUUGCACGCAGGGUGCGGGAUGCAGUGAGUACCCGUGGGUAGGAAGGGGGUUCGUGGCCAGAGGCACUGGCAAUGGGCAUCGUGUGGACAGCUUUCUAGGGCUCGCGCUCCCCAGACGGACCCUGACCCUGAGCCAUGGGGGUGUUGAUGUCCAGGAGGCAGACGGUGGAGAAGGUGCAGAAGGUCAGCUUGGCCGUGUCAGCCUUUAAGGACGGGCUGCGGGAGCAGCCGUCGACACGGCGGCGGGCAGAGGUGGGGGGCACACGCCGGGGGACGAUGGAGCAGGAGGUGCAGGAGGGAGAAGAGGAAGCAUCGUCAGGACCUUCCCAGCCAGAGGAGAGCAGCGCCAGCAAGGCGGCCUGGGAACGGCUGCGGGAUGGCCGGGGCGUGGAGCCGGAGGAGUUUGACCGAGCCAACAGGUUCACGCCACCUGCCUUCAUCCGGCCCAAGCGGGAGCUGCACGAUGACGAGCCCCCCAACAUCAGCCUGGAGCAGCGGGAGCAGGUCCUCAAUGACGAGAUGUGCGAGAUCUGUGAGGUGUGGACGGCUGAGAGCCUGUUCCCCUGCCGCGUCUGCAGCCGGGUGUACCAUGACGGCUGCCUGCGCCGCAUGGGCUACCUGCAGAAUGACAGCACUGUGGAGGUGACAGAGACAGCGCAUACCGAGACGGGAUGGAGCUGCUACUACUGCGACAACCUCAAUCUCCUGCUGACGGAGGAAGAGAUGUACAGCCUGAUGGAGACCCUGCGGCAGUGCAAGAUCAUUCCAGAGACCUGCCUGACCCUGGACGACUUCCUGCACUACAAGCACCUGGUGCACAAGCAGCAGUUUGAGCAGCCCAUGGCUGAGGCGCAGGAGGAGCAGGCGGCCCUGCAGUUCUCGGCCCUUGACCCUAACAAGAAGGGGCACAUCGAGUGGCACGACUUCCUCUCCCAUGAGUCCAUCCAGCUGCUGCAGAAACUACGGCCGCAGAAUGCCCUGCUGCGGCUGCUGACGGCCAAGGAGCGGGAACGAGCACGGGCAGCCUUCCUGGCCCUGGACCAGGACGGCAACGGCUUCAUCGGGGAUGGCGAGUGCCGCCGGGCCCGGCACACCUGGUUCCGCAAGCACCAGAAGGAGACGCCCUCCUGCAACGUCAGCAUCAGCCACGUGGGGCCCAUGUCAGAGAGCAGCCCCGCCAGCAGCAGCAGCGGCAAGAGCCAGGAGAAGACCCCGCUGGUCACGGAGCAGGAGGAAGCCAGGCUCGUCGACUGGCCCGGCUUCCUGCGGGAGAACGUCGCCUACAUCCUGGCCGCCCGCCCCAACAGCGCCGCCCUCCACCUGCAGCCCCCGCCCUAGCCCCCAACAACGCCAUCUUGGGCAGCGAGGCUUCUCCCACCACCGAGACCCGCCCCGCCCUCCCCUGUGGGCGGAGCCGGACGCCGAUUGGCUGGCCGGGAAGCGGUCACGCUGCCUCCUCCCCCUACCCCCACUCCGGAUUGGCUGUGAAGAGGACGGGUGCCACGGUCUGAUUGGCUGAGGGAACGUGUGUGGCUCUGGGGUCAGUGAUUGGUGGGAGGGAAGUAGGGAGGGGCAGGGAGUGACCCUACUGCCCUCCCACGCCCCACAGACCCCAAGCCAGUGAGGGGUCCAGUGCCCGGCGGCGCCGUGGGGCGCACGGGUGCCCCUCGCAGGUCUCACUGCGAAGAGGGGUCCACUGUCCGGGGACGCUGUGGGGUGCACGGGUGUCCCCCACAAACCCCAUUGCAAGGAGGGGUCCAGUGCCCAGGGACACCAUGGGGUGCACAGGUAUCCCCCACAGACCCCACUGCAGAGAGGGCUACAGUGCCCAGGGAUGCCAUGGGGCCCAUGGGUGUCCCCCACAGACCCCACUGCAGACCCCUCUAUCCAGUGCCCAGGGACACCUUGGGGCACAGGGCAGGGAACCUGUUGCCCCCAUGACCCCCAGUCCCACAGCACCCCCUCACCCACCAGCACCUGGAGCCACCAGGGACCUGUCCCCAGGGACCUGCAGCCAGAGCAGGGUCUGCCCCUUAGCAGAAGUGGGGCUCGCCCUGGUCCUGGAGCCAGGUGUGGGUAGUUACAGGGUGAAAGCAGAGCCCAGAGCAGUCGUGCAUCCUAAGCCUCCCACAGCGCCAUGGGGCAGCAUGGCUGAGCCUCUGCAUGCUGCCAGCCACAGCACCUGGGGAUCUACGGCAAGCACCGGCUCAGCUCAUCACCAUGGUGAAUCCGCGGGGGGAGAAUGUGACUGACCCCCACUUGGCCUCUUCCACAUCCCUGCCCAGCUCCAACAGGGGAGCCAUGUAGGUCCAUCAUUGCACCCACAGCUUGUGGCCGUGUCUGGGCUCAACCCUGCCCUGCUGUGGACCGACCAUUUAAUGCCAACAGUGACAGUGUGGGAAGGAGCACCCAGAACAGAAACCACCGGGGGGCAAGAGGGCAAGCUUGUAUGUACAGGAGUGAUCUCCUGCAUCCCUCAUCCCCUCCUGUACCGCUAGUCCCACGGGAUGCUGUCCCCCUGCUUAGCAUUCCCUUCCCGCACCAGCCCCACUCACUCCCACUCCCUUUCCAGCACGGUGAGCAGGCAUCCCCACCUCACUGAGGGCAUUAGUGCUCACAGCGAGGAGGAGGAGGCAGACCCCAGAGCAACCCAGGCUGUCAGCUGCAGUGAUGAGGCACUCACUGGGCAGGGCUGAUGGCCAGUGGCCCUAAGGUGGGUGCAUGCGCUCAGCCCACAGGUACAGGAGCAGGGACCGAACCCCACACAUCCCAGAUGGGGGGAUGCCCAGGUCCCACGGCAGCCCCAGCAGCUGCCCCCUGCCCCUCUGACCCCAUCCUCGUGGUGCUCUCAGCCUCUGCCUGCCUGGCGUGCCCUGGCUUAGCCAGAGUGCCCCAUGGCGUGCCCAGACCUGAGAUGCAUCUGUGGCAGCCCCAUCACUCCCUCACCUCCACACCCCCAGUGUGAUGGGGGCACCACCCCGCUCAGCCCCCCUGCCCCACCCAGGGACCCUCUCCAGGGACUCUCCCCGCUGCAAGACCGGGAGAUGUGCCAGUGCUGCGACACCUUCCUCUACCGCCCAGGUGUGCCAGGCCAACGGGGAUAUUUCAGGUGCCAGGUCCUAGACAGGGCCGGAGCCAUGGCCAUGGCAAGGAGGCGGACAGGGGUGUGUGGGUCGUGAUGCCCGCUUUGUACUGAGAAGUGUCCAUUAAACAGCUGUG